GAAUCACAACCCACAAGAGUAUUUUAUCUCUGCCAUUUUCCCACGCAACCAACCUCGUUUUAUUUCUCUGCUCUGACUACAACCGCCUCAUUCUUCUUCCUUCGACGAACAAUCAAAUUAAUCACAGUUUUUAUUUCUCUUCUUCUCCUGAUUAUCACCCCCUUUCGUAUCCGCAAUCCCACCACUGUAAAACCUAACAAACGAAAUCCCAAAAGUCAUAGAAAACGAUUUUUUGAGGAAUGGCGGGCUCAAGGCAGAGUGUACCUUCGUGGAUAAGUGUAGCAGCUGCGAAUAGGGUUGAUUUUGAAGGAAACGUUUCGUCUAUGUCGGAAAAGAUGCUCAAGGAGAAUUCUUCUUCUUCUUCUUCUGAAAAGGGUAUCUCUGAUGUGAAUUUGGGCUUUGGAGAGAGGGCUUUCUCUGCCGCCGGCGCAUCUGUCCUCUCCGCAAUCCUCGUUAACCCUCUUGAUGUCGCCAAGACAAGGUUGCAAGCACAGGCUGCUGGAGUUCCUUAUCAGGGGCUGUGUCCUAUAGCAUGUUUUGACACAAACACGAUGCUUCCGGAUUGGAGAUGUUCUACAUCACCUACACGUGCAGUUGUUGGCUCUGAACCAGUGUGCCCUCCAGAGUGUAAUCGAUAUAAAGGAACAAUGGAUGUUUUAUACAAAGUCAUACGUCAGGAAGGAUUCACUAGGCUGUGGAGAGGCACGUAUGCAAGCAUAGCGUUGGCUGUGCCAACCGUAGGCAUCUACUUGCCUUGUUAUGACAUUUUCCGCAAUUUAAUGGAAGAUUUUACAACUCGGAGUGCGCCAAACUUGACUCCAUAUGUCCCAUUAGUUGCAGGGUCAGUUGCACGCUCAUUGGCUUGUGUUUCUUGUUACCCUAUUGAACUGGCAAGGACCCGCAUGCAGGCCUUUAAAGAAACCCAAACUGGCGUGAAGCCUGCUGGAGUCUGGAAGACAUUGCUUGGGGUCAUGGACCCAGUGAAAAGCACAAACCUACUACAAAAUUUGCAAAGCUAUCGUAUCUUGUGGACUGGCCUUGGAGCACAACUUGCACGUGAUGUUCCUUUCUCUGCAAUCUGCUGGUCAACCCUUGAGCCGAUCCGGAGAAGAAUUCUUGGACUGGUGGGUGAUCAAGCCAGUGCAGCCAGCAUCCUCGGGGCAAACUUUUCUGCUGGUUUUGUCGCAGGAACUCUUGCAGCUGCUGCUACGUGUCCACUUGAUGUGGCAAAAACCCGGCGGCAGAUAGAGAAGGAUCCUGCAAGGGCAUUAAAGAUGAACACUAGAAAUACUUUGCUGGAAAUUUGGAGGGAUGGUGGAAUGAAGGGACUAUUUACAGGAAUUGGUCCCCGUGUCGGUCGUGCCGGACCCUCUGUUGGCAUAGUUGUCUCCUUUUAUGAAGUUGUCAAGUAUGCUUUACAUCAUAGACACCUAACUCAAUGAUCAAGGAGAGACACGCUCAAGGGAUUUGUGUUUUUCCUUUUACAAAAGCUUACUGUCCUUUGCAUAUGGGCAACUUGCUUGAUGCUUGAAAGUUGAAAGGCUAAAAAGCUCAGUUAACACAAGAAGAUUGAUCUUCCUGCCAUCGCAGGAUGUCACGGCUUGAGAGCCGACGAAUGAUGCUUAGGCAACAAUAAAAUUUGUUUCUGAAGCCUGGAAAAUCCAAGCUAUGAUUUUCAUUUUUCGUUUUUCACUUAAAAAGCCUGAUAUUUCAGCGUUGUAACAGAAACUCUCUUCAUUGUAAGAGCCACUGAUCUCUAUGGCAGUUUUCUUCAUAUCUUUA